AUGUCUAUCCGGCCUAGUAAGCUCCCAACAAACUUGGGGAUGCCCCUGACCUUGGACCAGGUUAUAAAGAUAGAAGAGAGUUACAAGAGGGUAGUAGCAUUUGAAAAGGCUGUUAAGAGUUGGAAAAAUACAGUGGUGCAGUGUGUAUGGCAGGCAACAAUGGACCAGAGGAGGAACCCUUAUGCUAUCCUGAGAAUGCAAGACACUGCGGAACAGGAGAUGGCAAUGGCCAACAAACAGCUGCUGAUUGUUCGGCAAGCUGCCUUAAAUCAACUGUUUGAGAAGGAGCAGCGACAGUACCAGCAGGAGCUGAAUCAGAUGGGCAAAUCCUUUUAUGUGGAAAGAUUCUGA